AUGGUGGCGGGAGAGCUCCAGAAUGCAGUGAAUCUCAAAGACCUCGUCCCUAAUGAGCCAAAAGAGGGAACCGAGCCGAGCGGCGCGGCAGAACCCGCAAAUCCUCCCCGACGGGGCGAUAACACCAAGCGCGACAGGAAAGGCGAACCCGAAGAGCGACCCGAGCCGAGACAAAGGAUCAACAUGAUCAUAGGCUUAUCAGCGCCGAGCCGAGCCGAAUACAGUGAUCUGAAUACAGUGAUCUCCUUCGCCGAAGAGGAAACGGCUAGGAUAGAUAGACCGCACAACGAUCCACUAGUGAUUGAAUUGACGAUCAGAGACCACGAUGUAGCGAGAGUACUCAUCGAUACUGGGAGCUCGGUGAAUGUCAUUUUCAGGGAGCCACUCAGAAGGAUGGGAAUCGAUCUCUCCGAGGUGACGGCGAUCCCCAAACCUCUAACCGGAUUUUCAGGAGAAACAACAAUGACUAUGGGCACAAUUAGGGUCCCUGUGGUAGCCGGAGGAGUCACUAGGAUCAUCGAAUUAUGCGUCACCGAUCACCCGGCAAUCUACAAUGUGAUCAUGGGAACUCCAUGGAUCAACGCGAUGAGGGCGAUCCCUUCCACCUAUCACCUCUGCCUCAAAUUCCCAACUCCAGCAGGCAUCAAAACGAUUUGGAGAAGCCAGAAGGAGUCGCGAAUGUGUUGCUUGGCAGAGCACAAGUUCAGAAACCCCGUCACCGAUGCACGAGCAGACAUCGCGGAGAGCCGCGAAACACGUGCCGAGCCGGUAUGUGACGUGGUGGACUCGGUGUGCAUAGACGAGGAGCGUCCAGAACGACGCGUUGAAAUCAGAACUAAGCUAGAGGAGCCUCUGAGAAGCGAGCUUCUUUCCCUCUUCAAGGAGAACAUCGACACUUUUGCCUGGACAACGGAGGAUAUGCCAGGUAUAAGCAUCGACGUGACCUGUCACGAGCUGAACGUGGACCCCACCUUCAAACCAAUCAAGCAAAAAAGGAGGAAGCUCGGGCCCGAACGAGCUAAAAUAGUUAAUGACGAAGUGGAAAGAUUGCUCAAAGUAGGAUCAAUCGCCGAGGCCAAAUACCCGGACUGGCUCGCGAAUCCGGUGGUUGUGAAGAAGAAGAACGGCAAGUGGCGGGUCUGUGUAGAUUUCACUGAACUCAACAAGGAGUGCCCAAAAGACAGUUUCCCACUACGACACAUCGACCGGCUCGUCGAGGCCACCGCGGGAAACAAGUUAUUAACAUUUAUUCACGCGUUUUCUGGUUACAACCAAAUCCUGAUGGAUCCCGACGACCGAGAAAAGACGGCGUUCAUAACUGAUCGCGGGAUAUACUGCUACAAAUUCAUGACGUUCGGACUCAAGAACACAAGGGCAACAUAUGAGCGGCUCGUCAAUAAAAUGUUCGCAGAUCAGCUCGAAAAAACCAUGGAGGUAUACAUCGAUGAUAUGUUGGUCAAAUCACUCGAGGAAAAAGACCAUGUCGCGCAUCUACGAGAAUGCUUCGAGCAGUUGAACAAACACAACAUGAAAUUAAACCCGGCGAAGUGCAGAUUUGCGGUUACCUCGGGAGAAUUCCUUGGCUACCUGGUGACCCACCGAGGCAUUUAA